AUGCUAAACAACGCCACCAAGUUUGCUGCAAAGACACAACUUUCCUGGGGUGGGCUAUGUAGCUUCACCGCAAGAAGGCGAUUCGUUCUCUCACUAAAAUCGACACAAAUCGGUAACUUGAUAAAUCCAUCCGUUGUACGAAUACACACAGACAGAAGAAGAUACGGGAUAUCUAUAAUGGCUAUUGUUAGUAUCCGUUGUGUUGAAGAAGAAAAUGAUAUAAGAAUAUCGUUUUCGUACGGGGGUCAACAGAAAAACAUGCAGCGUGCAAAGACUGAACAAUUGAAGAAAUCUUUGGCAAGAAUUACCCUAUCAGCGAAUCAGAAAUCACGUAAGAAAGACAAGAAAGCCGGAAAAGGAAGCAAGGAUGUUAGCAUUCCAAGUGCUAGUCUUACGUUCGAGGGGUCGCUAGUGGAUGAAGAUCUUCCUAAUGUCGAGGCGUGGAAAGAUGGGUCUGUACUGAUAAUUGGGGAAGAACAAUUUUCAGUGCUGGUAAAUCCUCCAACCGUACUCUCACUCUCUCUCCCCAGUCACAUAAUGGUAGACUUUCCUGUGUACCCCGUCAUUAAGCUAGAGUUUGCAGAGCUAAAGUACUGCAUGUUUGAAUGGUUUCGAUCUGAGAAUCCAGAACCUUCUGCAGCUUCCCUGCCAUCGGUGACAGAAUGUGCUUGGGAAGAGGUUGGAACUGAGUUCUGCUAUAAGCCAUGCUUGCAAGACAUCGGGUGCUACCUGAAGCUUGUGUGCACUCCCUCAAGACAAGAUCCAACUAAUGGUUUGAAAGCUGAGACAGUAAGCCCAAUCAGAGUCGCUGCAGAACCAGGUCACUGCCCCUUCGAGAACAGGCACUUGUACACUUUAAAGAAACUUGAGCCGGGACAUAUUAGAUGUGUAUCUUACAAUAUACUAGCAGAUGCUUAUGCUAGGGAAGAAUUUGCAUUGAAUGUUCUUUAUCCAUACUGCCCUCCUUAUGCUCUUGACAUUGGUUACCGUAAGCAGGUGUUAAUGAAAGAGCUAAUUGGAUACAAUGCAGAUAUUAUUUGCUUGCAAGAGUGUGGGCAGAAGCUGUUUGAUGGGUUUUUACUACCUUGUAUGGAACUGGAGGGAUAUCAAGGAAUAAUUAAGUGCAAAGCAGGAGAAAUACCAGAAGGAGAAGCAAUAUUCUUUAACAGAGACAAGUUUGAAUUGAUAAAAACCUGUGAUGUAGUUUUACGUGAGUCUCUUCUCUCACACCUUUCACAAGAAGAGAUUUUGCAACACAUUUCACCUAUGCCAGCUCUUUUAAAAAGCUUAAUCAAAAGGAACGCCAUUGCUCAAGUUGCUGUCUUGAAAUGCAAGGGCAAUAAUGAUAAUAGUCCACUUAUAUGUGUUGUUAAUACUCACUUGUACUACCGACCACAUUCCCCCCACAUUAGAAUGCUACAAGCUGCCAUUAUUCUGAAUCACACUAAAGCAGUUGUGCAUGAGCUGACAAGUGAGAGAGAUGACAAUAUAGAUGUUGCUGUGUUAUUUUGUGGAGACUUCAACAGCACCCCUCGCACGGGAUUGUUUCAGUUACUGACUAAAGGGCAUGUUGCGAGGACACAUCAUGACUGGCUAGUUCAUGAGGAUGUAGAUCAGCACUGCAAUACACUGGAUCUCUCCCAUGGUUUCAGCUUUGUGAAUGCAUGUGGAACACCACUUUUUACAAACUACACUCAUGGCUUCAAAGAUACCCUUGAUUACAUAUUUUGUGAUAGCAAGUUUUUUGAAGUGCAGUCUGUAGUACCUUUGCCAGAGGAAGAAGAGCUGAGAAAUCACCUGGCUUUGCCAUCAGUGGUUAUGCCCUCUGACCACUUGGCAUUGGUGUGUGACUUGAAAUGUAAAUUCUAGUGUGAGAGAUGUCAGGCACUAUCCUGAGUGAACUCAUUAGAGUGAAUAUGGACAAGUAAUCAGGCUUUACAAGUUGCUGUGGUGGCACAGGUGGUCUUAUUGUGCUCUAGCUGGCGGCACUUUAUUUUCCUACACCCACCCUGGCUUUACAGGAUUUGUUCACACUAUUUUCAGCCCUGCUAGGUCCUCUCCCAUAACUAAACAGAGAGCAUAAUAAAAUCAUUGAAACUGUAAUACUUUUCAAGGUAGCCACAAAAAUGCACAGAAAUAAAAUCAGGGGUGGCAAAAGCUAUUUUCAUGAGUGAACAAUUCUAGUUGAAUGGUCUUUACAUUUUGCUAUAAUUUGUGAAAAGGAUUUUAUCCUUUUUGACCAAGGAAAACAGUAAAAAUGAUCACAAACUUUGUUAAACAUUAAAAAAGUCUGGACACCUUUUGUCUGCUCGGUUGUUUCUUGUACAAUAAUAUUUUUUGGUGUGGAAUAGCAAUCAAUGUUCCACUCAAUUCUGUUACAGUAACCACACCAGUUGUUUUUAGGGGUGUGUUACAGUACGACCAGUAAAACAGUGAACACCGGAAAUAAGUAAAUGUUUGUUCCAACCAAUCACUCGAAAGAUAUUCAAACAGUCAACUAGAAACGUCUCAACAAGUCUCAGUGUCUGAAUUCUCUCGUCUGAUUCGUCAGAAGACAAUAAACGUUCCACACAUAUUUAGGUGUUGAUGGCUUUACUGGUUGCCUGUAAAUUUCGAUACAGACUUUUGACACACUUUCAAAGUUUUCUCUGAAAGACUUUGGCAUUGCAUUACAUUGCAAUCUAUCCACCAGCCCUCGUGAUCUUAUCAGGGCCACGGCUAUUUUUUGUGAAGCACACCAACUUUUUUUCAAUCAUUACAAUUUUUCAUUAGAAUUUAUUGUAAAUUCUUGGUGUUAGCUAUCUCUCUUCUCCUCCUGCCAAGUAUGACAAUGGUGAUUGUGUAUGAGAGAGCGAAAAGGUCGUCUAAAAGAUAACUGAUUUUUAGAAUAAAUAGCCAAUAAAUGGUGAUACUUUAAACGUUGAUGUUUUCGCGCGGUUGCAAAUAACUGCAAACAAUGAUUGUAGGUGAGAGUUGAGGGGAGCACCCCAAUCCACCGAACAAAAUGGUCCUACUUCCUUGUUUUUGAAAAACACAUUUUGCAAAUGAAACAUGUACGGGCACUUCCCCUCACUCUGUCCGUCUGUUGAAAAAGAAAGUGCGUCACUGACACUGAAAGGGGCAGUCGCACGUUCAUCUACAUCUACAUUUAUUAAGUCGGUAAAAAUCUUGCGAUAUCACACCAACCUUAAAUAAAAGUAUUUACAUAUAAAUAAAUAAAUAAGGAGAUAAGUAAAUAAAAAUAUAUACAUAUAUACAUGGAUAGGUACUAAGUAUAUAUAGAAUAUAUAAAAUAUUAAAUAAUGUAAAGAAAAUUCAAUAAUACAAUUCAAUAAUAUAUAGAAAUAAAAUUAUAAAAUUAAAAUUCAAUUCUUAUUAUUAUUAAGAUAGAUUUCGAGGUCACGCUUAAAAUGUUCGAUUGAGCCUAGCUCGACAAGUUCAUUAGGUAAAGUGUUCCAAUGUCUUAUCGUUCGGGGGAAAAAAGAAUAAAAAUACUUAUUCUUUGUA